AUGUCUUCUCCACCCCUCCCUCCUGCCCCCAACGUUCAGGUGGGCAACAACCCUGUCGUGGACGGCAACAUCGCGACAACCAGCAGUGAGAUGGCAGAGUUGACCUACCGAGUUAGUGGACUCGUCGAGUUGUUGCAGAAGAUGACCAUGCGAGUGGCCAGCCUCGAGCGCCAGCUGAUCGCGGCGCAAGCCUCGCCGGAGCACACGUUGCUGGCGACUCCCGCGGACACCGGCUCCGAGAGCUGCCUGUCGUUGGACCGUCUCCACGCCAGAGAGCUCGACGUCGGCAGCCAGCUCCACUCGACGCAGCUGUCCACGUGCCGCCGCAUGCCACCGACGGCCCAGCCUCCGACACUUUGCGUGACCACGGCGAUCGAGGCUGACGCGGCCUUGCCCGGCCUCCUCCGAGCCCCUUGGCCUGUUGUCAAGGCGCCCGAGCUCGAGGCCUCGCUCACCCUCCCGCCGGCUCUUGGCUACACUCGAGCGCGCACAGGCGCCAACGCCAUCGCCAUCGCCAACGCCGACGUCAACGACCACAACAGCCAGAUCCAGCAGACCCUGUUCAGUCUGCUCGGCCCAAUGGCCCGUCGUCUCGGCUCCAGCGAACUGCAUCUGCUGGCCGGUCUGAGGAGGCCGCAGUCGCCGGCACCGGCGCCCGACGCGCCUCUGCCGCAUCCGCGGACGCCGCAGUCGACCUCGAUGAACGUGGCGGCCUCGAACAGCGCGUCGGGCCGAGGACGCGGGCCGUCGCAAUUCGCCGACCCGCCGCCUCUCGGACACGCGAGACCGGCGCGUCCGCACUCUUGCAAGUUCUCAAAGCGGCAGGCCUCGUCUCGGCCGCGCCGCCAGCCAACGGCGACGGCGACGGCGGCAAUGGAGUCAACGACGACGGCGACUCGGUCGACCCCGCAUGGCGGCGUCGGUUCCACCUCGUUUAAUUCUGUCUCCUCGUGCUCCUCCUCCUCCUCCUCCUCAUCCUCCUCUUCUUGCUCCUCCUCUGCGCGACCGUCAUGUCCGUCAUCUCGGCCGGUCACGUACACCACCAGUCUCCGGCCGAAGCUACAGCCUCCCGCGCUCCACGACGAGACCGGCAUGAGGCGAAGCCGCCUCGACAUCGGCCCCGGGCACCUGCACCACCGCGACUCGACGGCGCCCCCCCAAACCGACGUGCAAGACCCGAGUCCAGCGGCGUCGCAACCGCCGCAGCCGACCGGCCGGCAGGUCUGCGAAGACUCGAUACCGCGGACGCCGGUGGACGGCCGCGUCGUCGAUUCCCGGUCUCUUCUGCACCGCCUCAAUUGGCGGAUACCGCGAGGCCUCGAAGUCGUCACCGGCCUCGGGCCAACCAUCGACGACGCAGGUUGGCGCUGUCGUCAGGCCAACUCGGUCUGGCCGCCUCACGACGCUCGCUUCGGCCGCGGUAAUGAUCCUGUCCUGCCUCGACUCACGUCGUUGGCGCCGUCGGCGUCGGCCGACGCCGAACUCGGAGCCAAGACGACGGCCGCGGUCAGAGGCGGGCCGAUGGAGCGCGAGAGAGGCAGCGACAUCGACUGGCAAGACUGGGCCUCCGCCUCGAGAUCCUCCGGUCCAAACCCUUUGGCCACUCGGCACUGA